AAGAAGCCGAUAAAAAUGCGAGGGUGUACCUCCGAAAGUUUGAAGAAUUUCAUGGUCCCUUAGAAGACAUUCCAAGCGUGUUAAUACAGAAAUUCAUCGACAAGGGGGUUAAAAUGUUUUAUUUUACUGGAGAGGGGCUUCCAUUAUUUCCGAAUGUUUCUCCUCAACAAUUACACGAAAUUUUCGUAAAAAAUUAUACUAGCACCAAUCAGUGCCCAUGUCUAAAAUCAAAACUGGAGGCUGUCGAAUACCCGAUUACUCGCCCUAUUUUUCUAUAG